AUGAGCAGCGCACGCCUCGCUCUCCACGUGCUGCUCCUCUGCGGGUUCCUCGGGGCGCAGCAGCUGCUGCCCGGGUCCUGCAACUUUGAGCUGGGCACCUGUGGCUACACGUCGGACGCGGAGUACGGCAGCUGGAGCAUGAAUGAAGAAGGGCAUUUGAUAACGGUGGACGCAGCCGUCCUAGACGACCAGGAGCAGGCGGUUCUUGUCAGUCCACUUCUGGACCUGCAGGACUGGAGCUGCGUGAGGCUGGUGUACCAGAUCACUGGAAGGGGUUCCCUGCAGCUCCACCUCAGACCGGAUGGGGAUAACUUUGACUACCGAUUGUGGACUGCCAGCAAAGCCUCUGACAGCUGGCUCAUUGCCAAUGUGGACCUGCCGAACACCACAAUCCCCUACCAGAUUUUGCUGGAGGGUCGACCUGAACGUGUCUCGGGGAACAGCGUAGCCAUCUUUGAAAUUCACAUUGUUCCUGGUUACUGCAUAGAGUGUAAUUUUGAGGAGCAUCACCUGUGCGGCUACAGUAACAACUGGAACCCAAAUGUCAACUGGUAUGUUGGCGGGAGUGUGGCCAGAGAGCCAGAGUCUAACCUGCUUGUAAACCACACCAACAAUAACCAGAGAGGCCAAUACAUGUAUGUGGACUCUGUGUACGUCAAGCAAUUUCAGGAAGUAGCCAAGCUGACCUCGCCCAUGACCACGGUACCCAUAGCCGGCUGCCUGUCCUUCUACUACAACAGAGAUCAGGAGAGGGGAAAUAUCUUUUUGGUUUUCACCAGAGACCAGUUGGGCCACUAUGAGGAGAUCUGGAGGCCAGAAGUGUAUGCUACCGCUGGCUGGACUCAAGUCAGCCUUGAUAUCAAGGCCCCACACCCGCUGGAGGUGGUGUUUGAGGUGGCCUUCAACAGUGCCAGAGGUGGAUACGUGGCCAUUGAUGACAUCUCCUUUUCUCCUGAAUUCUGCCACACUGACACAGAGCCGACCGUUGACCCCGCCAUCGCCAACUGUGACUUUGAGAACGGGCUGUGCCUGUACUAUCAGGAGAGGACAGAGAGUAAGGUGUGGAGCAGAGUUUCCGUGAAGCCGAAUGCCUACAGGAUCGGAGACCAUACCACAGGAACCGGCUGUUUCCUCCUGGCAAACAUCCGUUUCACUUCGCAGCCUGGCUAUGUGGGUCGGCUGCAUGGUCCACUGUUACCAGGGAACCACAAAUACUGCCUGAGGUUCUACUACCUGCUGCAUGGCUAUAGGAAAGUAGACAAUGCUCUGUUUCUCUACAUUUAUGACGAGAACAAUGUGGCCCAGGAGAAGGUGUGGAGCCUGACUGACACUGCCAGGGCUGUAUGGACUGAGGUGGAGAUCACCUACAUGAAGCCAAUGCUCUCCAAGGUAGUGUUUGUCAGCAUAUGUAAGAACUUCUGGGAAUGUGGCCUUGCAGCCAUCGAUGACAUCACUGUCAGCCUGGGCGACUGUCAAAUGACAGCAGGCUCCUUCCCGGGCCAGUGUGACUUUGAAGGCGGAGUCUGUGGCUACACCCAGGAUAAGAGAGAAGACAAAGCCGACUGGCUGCGAGUCCGAGGACACACCCCCACCUCCUAUACAGGACCCCAAGGAGACCACACCACUGGGGUGGGCUACUUCAUGUACAUCGAGGCGUCGCUUAUGCGUCCGGGUCACAAGGCCCGACUGCUGACCUCUGACCUGCGGGGCUCCUCGUCAUCUCAGUGCCUGGUCUUCUACCACCAUAUGUACGGCUCCGGCACCGGGAUACUGAGCGUGCUCCUGCGCCGCGGCGGCGGAGCACAGGACACGUUGCUGUGGCGACGCCGCGGCGAGCAGAGCGUCAGCUGGAUGAGGGCGAUGGUGGACUACCACUGCGACGUCCGACACCAGAUUAUAUUUGAAGCCAUCCGGGGCCCGACACUGCGGAGCGACAUCGCCAUCGAUGACAUCCAUUUUAAAAGGGGGCCGUGUGAAGAUCCCGGCGACAUCACGCCGUACUCGGGCUUCUCGGAGUAUUUCAAUGAGAUCGAGAACUGA